AUGCCCCCUGAAGCCCCACCCCUUCUCUACUUUAUCUCCUCUCGCCUGGGCUGUCAGGGACAACAAAACCAGCCUCCCUCCGUGGCUUUGCCUCUGGAUCUCAAGAUGCAACUGACCAAAAUGAGACAGGAAGUGCUUUGCCACGCCACUUUGGUUGCCAUCGCUCUGCUCGUUUUCCCGUCAUCGUCGAUCGCCCAGGACCAGCAAGAUGAUACACACCGUCUACAUGUGACGAUCACGUCGGGUCAAGACACUCAAGCUGAACUGGGCGCCACGCUUACAUUGACCUGCCUGGUGUCUCUAGACGGGUCACCGCCCGCCCCCUCAACCAACGGCCGGCACGCCGUUUUGUCUCUUCCACAAGUCAGGUGGAGCCUGGUCAGAUACGCUGAAGGAGAGGAGACUGAGAUCAUAUCGGCCCGUGGUGACAAUGUGGUGGUAAGCGCGGCCUACCGGGACCGAGCCUCGCUGCCACGUUAUGCCGUCUCUCCGGCUGAUCUGACCCUCCGACUGGACGGGUUGAGGUACAGUGACGCCGGCAAAUACCGGUGCCAGGUGCGGCAGGGACAAGAAGAAGACUCUGAUGUCACGGAGGUGCAGGUCAAAGGUCUGGUGUUCCACCGUGGGGACCGGUCCAGAACCCUUAGGGACUUCACCUUCGAGCGGGCCCGAGAGGCCUGCAAGGAGGUAGGGGCCCAAAUAGCCACGCCAGAGCAGCUGCUGGCGGCCUACCACAGCGGAUUCGAGCAUUGCCACGCAGGCUGGCUCUCAGAUCACUCGGUCAGAUCUGUUGUUCAGAAGCCAAGAGAGGACUGCUUGGGAUUCCCAGAAGGCCUUCCGGGCGUGCGGACCUUCGGAACGCUGGCACCUCAGCAGCCGCUUGACGUCUACUGCUACCUGGGCCCUGUCGAAGUCGGUGAGGUGUUCUGUUGUUCGGCCUCCCAUGGUUUCACCUUCAAGGAGGCCAAAGCGUACUGCCUAAGCAACGGUGCAGAGCUUGCGAACCCUACUCAGCUGUACACCGCUCCCAACCAUGGACCUAAGAACUGCAGCUUAGGGUGGCUGAAGGAUGGCAACGUGGGCCAACCGUGGGAGUGCUGUGGGGAAACGCCUAGCAACCAGACGGAUUUCCCCGAGGCUGCCAUCCGCCAUAACGUCUACUGCUUCAGAAAUGACUCCACUUCAUCAUCACCAUCUCCUCUCACCACUAAGUCAGAGCGUGUCAGCCAUCUUCUCACCACAACGACCCAGUCCUGGACUUCAGAUGAUCCUCGCUCUGCACCUGAGAGUCAUUCAGCAUCUAAUGCCAGUCCGGAGUUACUCACUGAGGCAACAUCUAGAGCAGACGAGCCAACCACCCCCUCAGAGGAUUACCAGAAGACUCGAAACAUGGAUUUGACAUCACCUCACACCGAAGAACCGAGUUCCUCUACAACCGUGUCGCCCAUUUUGGUUAACAAAAAAGCACCUGAAGACCAUACAGAACCUGGAGAGGAGAACCUGACAUGCAACUGCUUGGUUACUACGGAAACCAAAAUAAUCACCUCAUCAGACCCAUUACUGCAUUCAAGUGAGCUCUCUGUUGCGACAUUGACGCCAGCGACACCAACAGUUGAGGUCGUCACAUCCUCCAAAUCACAUGGAACCUCCUCUAGCUCCCUCUCAGAGGUGCGCACCUCCGUUCCACGCAGCACAGACCAUGCGGGACUCCUGGAAGCAGUCCAGGAUGGUACCACACACCAAGCUACAAGGGAAACUUCUACCAAAGUGUCAGAUGAUUGGUUGGAAAGGACUUCACAAGGAAAUCCAGAACUGAAACAGACAAACUCGUCAGAGCUCCACACCGAUCUCGAAACACAGACUACUGCCUUCACACAACAGGACUCUGGAUUGCACACCGAGUCCAGCACUGCAAUUCCUCUUACGCGGCAUGAAGCCAUCAGCACAACCAGUGGACCAGAAGGAGGACAUGAAGAGAAAAACACUCAUGUGGUCUCAGUUAAAAAAUGCUUAGGGUGUCACCUUAAAGACCACAGUUUGACGACCGACCCGACUGCAAACUUUGAAAAAUCCACAGCCAUGGCUGCAAAACAAGGAGUCAUUUUUGACCUGUGCGGUGGGAGACCAUGUUUAAAUGGCGGCACAUGCCUGGACGGCGAGACGCCCAAGUGCCUCUGCCUGCCCGGGUAUGGCGGCACCUUCUGCCAGUCAGAUUUGGAGUUGUGUGAGGCCGGUUGGGUGAAGUUUCAAAGCUUUUGCUACCGUCAUGUGAAAACACGGCAGAGCUGGGAGGGGGCGGAGCAACACUGCCGGAUGAUUGGAGGGCACCUCAUGUCCAUUAUGAACCCUGAGGAGCAGCACUACAUAAAUGAAAAAUAUCGGGAAUAUCAGUGGAUCGGACUGAAUGACAAAACCAUCGAGGGAGAUUUCCGCUGGUCUGACGGCAACCUGCUGAUUUAUGAGAACUGGCACAGAGGUCAACCCGACAGUUACUUCCUGUCCGGCGAAGACUGCGGCGCCAUGGUUUGGCACGACGGGGGGCGCUGGAGCGACGUUCCCUGCAACUACCAUUUGCCAUUCACCUGCAAAAAGGGCGUCUCGUCCUGCGAUGAGCCUCCGACGGUUCCCAACGCCAAGCCGUUCGGUAAGACGCGGGCACGUUACGAGACCUUUGCCAAGGUACGCUACCGCUGUGACGCGGGCUUCGUACAGAAGUUCCACCCGGUCAUCAGUUGCCUGCCCAGCGGACGGUGGGAGGAGCCGGCAAUCAUCUGCUUGCCUGCUGAUUCACUCGUUUCCCAGCGACUCGGUACAACUACUCAGCCACGUCACGAGGGGUCAUCAGUGAAGGUCAUCACGGAGGUCCACACACAAAACAGCUAG